AUGCACUUCCAGCAGUUCUGGGUGUGGUUUGGUGAAAAAGGGUUAUUUUCAGUAACAACUUUGAAAGAUUUCUACGAAUUGCAAGACAGAUGGAAAGACAGGGAAGUGCUGCAACAGUUUGUUGACGAGCAUUUCGAUCCCCCGGGAUUCGAACUGAUCGAGUGGUAUCCCGAGGACUGGGCAGCAUUCCCGUCAAGCUUCCUCAAAAUUGAGGAUUAUCACUUGAGAAGAUGGGCGCUGCACUUGCACAGAAUAUGGAGGGAUCUUUGCAGACGGGUGAAAGACGACGUGCGACUUCAUCAGGAGCUAUACUCUUUACUUUACGUCCCUCAUCCCUUUAUUAUUCCUGGCGGUCGCUUUCGUGAAUUUUAUUAUUGGGAUUCGUUCUGGAUUGUGAAAGGCUUACUUUUUUCGGAAAUGUAUGAAACUGCAAAAGGGAUUAUUCGUAAUUUGGCUUAUAUGGUUGAAAACCACGGUUUUGUGCCCAAUGGUGGUCGCGUUUAUUAUCUAAUCAGAUCACAGCCACCGCUACUAACCCCUAUGGUUUAUGAAUAUUUUUUGGCCACUGGCGAUCUGGAUUUUGUUCAGGAGACUUUACCGGUGCUUGAGAAGGAAUAUAACUUCUGGAUGCUACAACGUGCGCAAACAUUUCACGACGAUGAACGCGACAAAGAUAUUUUAUUCUUUCAGUAUCGUGCGAGCAUGAAAACACCGCGUCCUGAAUCAUACAGGGAAGAUUUGGAGUUGGCCAAAGAUCUCCCCUCUGAUGGUUUGUUCACUCGAAGUUCACUUCUCUAGUU